GGCAGAGCGGCGUGAGAGUGGUGGUGGUGGUAGUGGUGGUGGUGGUGAUGGUGGUGAUGGUGGUGGUGGUGGUGGUGGUAGUGGCCGGGGCGGCGGCAGCAGCAGCAGCAGGAGCGGCAGGACGGCACUGCAUGGCGUGGUGACGUCAGCGCGAGGGCGGCACUCGGCCUGGGAUUGGUGCAGCGGCGCGCCCAGUCCCCCCAGGCCGGCGCGGGGGCGCUCGGUGGUUGGCGGUGCCUGCUGGGGCGUCCCUGGCUCCCAUUCGCCGACGUGGCACCGUCACCAUGGCAGCAGUGCCUGAGGGAUGCGCGCCAUUGGCGGGCCGGGCGGGGGCGGGGCGGUGGGCGCCUAACAAGGAUAAUUGCCGUAUAUAAAGAAAAGUUGGUGGUUAGAUUUGAUCAAGUCCUGUGAGCGCUUUGCCUUCCUCGCUAAAUUAGUGGAAGCCGGAGGCCAAUUGAGGCGGUUAGCGCCGCGCCGGGAAUUGCGAGUGUGCGCGGAAAGCCGCGGCGGCUGAUUACCGGCCAUUGUUCCCAGCCAGUUAGCGGCGGAUCGGUGCCGCGCGCCACCCAAUUGAGACCAUUGGCGGUAGUUAGCGCCGCCGCUGCUGCUGCUGCUGCUGCUGCUGCUACCCCUGCCCCCUGCUGGUGCCGCCGCGCCCGCUGCUGUGUGACCGCCAGGUCGCCGCCACUAAUUGUCUCAUUACCAGGUCGUCAUGAACGGCCAGCCCAACCCCGCACCCCCCUCCGUGGCCAAGGGGGUGGGCGGCGGCGGCGGCGGCGGCGGUGGUGGCGGUGGUGGAGUGAAUAGCGUGCCCUCGGGAGUGGGGCAGGGCGUGGAGGGGCAGGGCGUGGGGGCUGGCGGAGGCGCAGGCGGCGGAGGCGCGGGCGGCGGCAACUUCCACAGCAUUCACGUGAUGCUCGGCCUGCCCAGCGAGCUGCUGAUGGGCCCCUCCCUUGGGGGCGCCGCUCCCCGCGACUACCACCACGACCCCGCCCUGCAGCAGCCUGCCACGCCCGUGCCACACUCCCAUGCGCCCACUUCCAACACGCCCACGCCCUCGGGUCACUACAACAGCCCGCAGCCCGCGCCCUCCCUCACCACCCUCAGCGCCCAGGCCACGCACGCGCACGUGCAGAACAGCCACGCCCACACGCACGUGCCCACUGCAGCCCACAACACGCAGGUGCAGACCUCACACGCCCACACCACGCACGCCCACCCCGCCACCCUGGAGGCGCCCAUGCCCGCACCAAACGUGGGCGAGAAAAGGAAGCUGGACGACACCAGCGGCUACUCCUGUCCCGCGGCCACCACGCCCCCGCAGCAGCAGCAGCAGCAACAACAACAGCAGCAGCAGCAACAGCAGCAACAACAGCAGCAGGGCGCUACCACCACAGGUGAAUCUUCCACGCCCAAGAAAUCUGAUUCCAAGAAGAAGGCAUCAGACACUCCAGGGGUGAAGAAGAAGAAGACGAGGACCACCUUCACGGCCUACCAGCUGGAGGAGUUAGAGAGGGCCUUCGAGAGAGCUCCCUAUCCCGACGUGUUUGCGCGGGAAGAACUGGCGGUGAAGCUUAGUCUGUCCGAGUCUCGUGUCCAGGUUUGGUUCCAGAACAGACGAGCGAAAUGGAGGAAGAGGGAACCGCCUAGAAAGAAUUAUAUGCCCCCAGGCGGCAUGGGCGGCGGACUGGGCGGCUCCUUCAACUCCCUUAACUCACUGUCGCCCUUCAACUCCGGGGACGCGUGGAGCUACUCUUCAACAUACGACACCACACAUCUCAACCUGCUGGGCCCCGCGUCUUACCCUUUUUCCUCCAACCACAACCCGACCUACGGCUACCCCAUGCUGCCGCAGUCCGUGGGCAUCAACGACUCCCUUUUUCCCAAUCCCAUCGGCCAGAUGCGCGCCGGGGACUUCCAGCCGGGCCCGGGCAUGAGGGACUUUGGCAACACGCAGCUCAAGCCCUACGACUACCUGCCGGAGGUCAAGACGGAGGAUUUUCUGGGGGAGAAGCGCGAUGCCAACAUGAACAGCGUGAGGCACCACCACCAGGCGUCGCCGGCAGCAGCGGCGGCGGCGGCGGCGGCAGCGGCGGCAGCGGCGGCGCCCCCAAAGGAAAGCAAGGAUCCCUCCUACAUCACGCUGCCUUCUUUUUUAAGCUAA